UUUCUCCAUGAUGUCAAAUAGUUAUUGGCAACUUUUCUGCUCUACUUACUGUUCCGCAAACAAAGGCCAUUGUUUCCUUCACUUCAAACCCAAAUCUCAAAUCCACGUUCAUUUCUUUUCAUGGCUAUCCUCAAAUGCGCUUUCUUGAUUUUCGCUCUUCAUUCGUUUAUGCCAACACCCAUAUCUUCAAACCCUUCAUUGAACAAGGAAGUCUCGGCUCAAAUCCCACUCAACUUCCUUGACUUUGCCAAGAAACCAGAGAUUAUGGAUUGGAUGGUUCGUAUUAGAAGAAAAAUACAUGAAAAUCCCGAACUUGGUUAUGAAGAGUUUGAGACUAGUAAGCUUAUAAGAGCUGAGCUUGAUCUGAUGGGUAUCCCUUACAAAUUCCCAGUUGCUGUUACCGGCGUUGUUGGCUAUAUUGGCACUGGCAAGCCUCCUUUUGUCGCACUUAGAGCAGAUAUGGAUGCUCUUGCCAUGGAGGAACUGGUGGAGUGGGAGCACAGGAGCAAGGCUCCUGGAAAGAUGCAUGCUUGUGGACAUGAUGCUCAUGUUGCUAUGCUUCUUGGUGCUGCAAAGAUGCUUCAAGAACAUCGAAAUGAUUUGCAGGGAACAAUUGUUCUGGUUUUUCAACCGGCUGAAGAAGGGGGUGGGGGAGCCAAAAAAAUGUUAGAUGCUGGAGCUUUAGAGAAUGUUGACGCCAUAUUUGCACUCCAUGUAUCUGCUAGACACCCAAUUGGUGUUGUGGCCUCCCGUCCUGGCCCAAUUUUAGCUGCCUCCAGUUUCUUUGAGGCUGUAAUUAAUGGAAAGGGGGGACAUGCUGCUAUUCCUCAGCAUACAGUAGACCCAAUUUUAGCAGCUUCCAAUGUGAUUGUUAGUUUGCAACAUCUAAUUUCACGUGAAGCUGAUCCCUUGGAUUCUCAGGUGGUUAGCAUUGCCAAAUUUCAAGGUGGUGGUGCAUUUAAUGUUAUUCCAGAUUCUGUUACCAUUGGUGGCACUUUUAGGGCAUUUUCGAAAGAAAGCUUUGUUCAACUCAAACAAAGGAUUGAGGAGGUUAUUACGAAACAAGCAAGUGUACAGAGAUGCAAUGCAACAGUCAUCUUCGAUGAAAAGUCCUCUUACCCUGUGUGCGUAAACAACAAAGAGUUGCAUGAACAAUUCAGAAAGGUUGCAGGGGAAACGUUGGGCCUUCAGAACGUUAUAGAAGCAGAAGCUCGGAUGGGAGCAGAGGAUUUUGCAUUCUUUUCGGAGGCGAUUCCAGGACUUUUCUUCUUUCUUGGGAUGAAGAAUGAGACUCAAGGACCACUUCAAUCAGGGCACUCACCCUACUUUAGAGUUAAUGAAGAUAUAUUUCCAUAUGGUGCAGCUCUACAUGCGUCAUUGGCGACAACAUACCUCUUGGAAAAUCCACCUAAACGUUCUUCACCACCAGAAGGAAGUUAUCAUGAUGAACUCUGAACAGAUAAAAUUGAGGUGUCAAGUAGGUAUGUAGUUGUAUGUCUCAUCCAAACUACUAUGAACUAAUUUGAUUUUAAUGCUGGCAAUAGCUACAUGCUUAAAUUUAACUCGUUCUCAGGAGUCUUGAUGAACCUAUCUUCUAUUGCCUAGUGAAGGAAUUUAUAUUUUGAUGUGGUGCCAAGUGCCGACAACUAUGUGGUCUGUUAAUAGAGUAUUUGACUCUUAAUUCCAGCAAUUAGGUUUAAAAUGCUGACAAUCUCAGUUAUAAAAAAAACAAUAUAUGAAUUGACAUAGAUGGAGCAUACCAGUUUUGGAACUCUUAAUGCUUCAUUUGACAGUGUUGUCCUGUCUGUAUUUUUUGACGGAUAAAUGAAGGCAUG